UGAUUAUCACUAGCUAGGCAUGGCCAUUUACAAUGCGCGCUCUUCGAAAGUCGCUGUCGCCGUGGCGGUCCUGCUCGUGGUGGUGGCCGCACGGGUUCCGACGGCGGCGGUGGCGCAGAACUGCUCGACGCAGCUGGCCGGGCUCGUCAACUGCGCUCCCUACGUCGUCCCGGGCGUCUCCUCCGGCCAGCCCAGCAAGCAGUGCUGCUCCGCCUUAGGGGCCGUCAGCCACGACUGCGCCUGCAGCACUCUCGGCAUCAUCAGCAAAUUGCCCGCCAAGUGUGGCCGCUCCCCCGUUGCUUGCUCUAAUUAAUAACCAAUAGCUGAGUCGAAGUUCCAGAGGAAAUAAAGGAUCUCAAGUUUCAAGAAUCAGGAGUCAAAUUUCGAGUUCAAGUGUGGUGGUGGUUUCUUUAAUUUCUGUGCAUUUCUCUUCUUUUAUGACUACUCUUUUAUGGGUUUGUGUCUCAAUACCAUGAAUUGAGCUCAAGG